GCGUGAGAAUAGCCUCAACCCGGGAACACCUCCAGCAGCUGCUGCCGCCCGGCUGUCACAGGCGGAGAGGACCCGACCAUCUGACGCGGAGUGGGGGAGAGAGACUGAGCUAAGCUGCUUACACCCGGCCAGCAGACCCACGGUUCAACUGAUACGAAGAAUGGACGGCUUCAUUACUGCAGCGGAACAUGGCGUGUAAACAGAGGCGUUGUUCGGCAGUGCCACCAAAGACAUAACCUCCUGAAGGAAUGUUCACCCUCACAGAAGUAGCCUCCCUAAAUGACAUCCAGCCAACGUAUCGCAUACUGAAACCAUGGUGGGAUGUCUUCAUGGAUUAUCUGGGGAUCGUCAUGUUGAUGUUGGCCAUAUUUUCUGGAACGAUGCAGUUAACAAGGGACCAAGUGGUUUGUCUUCCCAUUCUGGAACCAUCUCCAGAGGGGUCUGGGGGCUUCAUACAAGCCCAACCCCCGGAGACAGCUGAUAGCUUAUGGAACAAAGAAAGCGCCAUUGGUGAGCAAGCUGCUCCUCUAAUGGCUAAAAGGCCUCCUGAUAAAAUCCCCCCCACAGUUCCCUUCACACAUUCGGGUUCUUUGGGACAGCCUCUGCCUACAGGUGUCAGGACCAAACUGGAUUUUCAGCAGUAUGUUUUUGUCAAUCAGAUGUGCUACCAUGUUGCCCUUCCUUGGUAUUCCAAAUAUUUCCCCUACCUCGCUCUGAUCCACACUAUCGUAUUAAUGGUCAGUAGCAACUUCUGGUUCAAGUACCCAAAGACAAGUUCCAAAAUAGAACAUUUUGUUUCCAUACUUGGAAAAUGUUUUGAAUCGCCUUGGACGACCAAAGCGCUGUCCGAGACAGCCUGCGAGGACUCGGAAGAGAACAAACAGAGACUGGCAGGAGCCUCCACCCUCCUGAAGCAUCUGUCCACCAGCAGCGAGGAGGGGAGUCCCAACCAGUCCGCCCCAAUGCUGACCAAAUCUGGGGUCACGUUUUCUGCUGAAAAGCUUGUGAGUGAAGUUCCUGCCAUGACCAUACUGGACAAAAAAGACGGAGAGCAAGCCAAAGCCCUGUUUGAAAAGGUUCGCAAAUUCCGUGCCCAUGUGGAAGACAGUGACCUGAUUUACAGGCUGUAUGCCAUUCAGACCGUCAUCAAAACAGUCAAGUUCAUUUUGAUCCUGUGCUACACCAUGACUUUUGUUGCCUCUAUAGAUUUCAACCAUGUGUGUGAGCCUGACAUUAAGCAUUUGACUGGAUACAAAAGGUUCCAUUGUACACACAACAUGGCCUUCAUGUUAAAGAAACUCCUUGUUAGUUACAUUGCUCUCAUAUGCGCCUAUGGCAUAAUCUGUAUCUACACACUGUUCUGGCUUUUUCGGCGACCACUUAAGGAGUAUUCCUUUGAAAAAGUCAGAGAGGAGAGCAGCUUCAGUGACAUUCCAGAUGUGAAGAAUGAUUUUGCGUUCCUCCUCCACAUGGUCGAUCAGUACGACCAGCUGUACUCAAAGCGCUUUGGUGUUUUUCUCUCUGAGGUGAGUGAGAACAAACUUCGGGAGAUCAGCCUGAACCACGAGUGGACCUUUGAGAAGUUGCGGCAGCAUGUGAUACGCAACCCUCAAGAAAAGUUGGAACUCCAUCUUUUUAUGCUCUCUGGAGUGCCAGAUGCUGUGUUUGAUCUCACCGAUUUGGAAAUUCUCAAACUAGAAUUAAUCCCAGAGGCCAAGAUAACAGCUAAGAUCUCACAAAUGACAAACCUCCAGGAGCUGCACUUCUAUCACUGUCCAGCCAAAGUUGAGCAGACUGCUUUCAUUUUUCUCCGUGAUCACCUCCGGUGCCUUCAUGUCAAAUUCACAGAUGUCGCUGAGAUUCCUAGCUGGGUAUACUUGUUGAAAACUUUAAGGGAACUCUACCUUGUUGGUAAUCUGAACUCUGAAAACAACAAAAUGAUCGGACUGGAGUCUCUGCGAGACCUCAGGCACUUAAAGAUUCUGCAUCUCAAAAGUAACCUCACAAAGAUCCCAACCAACAUAACGGAUCUGUCCCCGCAUCUGAUCAAGUUGGUAAUUCAUAAUGAUGGUACAAAGCUCUUAGUUCUUAAUAGUUUGAAGAAAAUAAUGAAUCUUGCCGAGCUGGAGCUUCUCAACUGUGAGCUGGAGAGAAUACCUCACGCUAUUUUCAGUUUGAACAACCUUCAGGAACUGGAUCUAAAGUCCAACAACAUCCGGACCAUCGAGGAGAUCAUCAGCUUUCAGCACCUCAAGAGACUGACCUGCCUCAAACUUUGGCACAAUAAGAUCAUCACCAUUCCAUUGUCAAUUAGCCAUGUCAAAAACCUUGAAUCCCUUUAUCUGUCACAUAACAAGCUAGAGUCUCUCCCCUCAUCGUUAUUCACGCUCCUCAAGUUGAGGUACCUCGAUGUUAGCCACAACUCCGUAGUGACAAUACCACUGGAGGUUGGCUUUCUGCAGAACCUCCAACAUUUUGCCAUUACUGGCAACAAAUUGGAAGUAGUUCCCAAGCAACUCUUCAAGUGCAGCAAACUGAGAACCUUAUGUCUCGGCCACAACUGUAUCUCCACCAUUCCAGAGAAGAUUGGCCAACUCUCGCAGCUGACCCACCUGGAGCUGAAGGGGAACUGUCUGGACCGUCUUCCGGUCCAGCUCGGUCAGUGUGGCCAGCUGCGCAAGAGCUGCCUGAUCGUGGAGGAUCAUCUGUUUGACCUGCUCCCCAUCGAGGUCAAAGAGAGCGUCAAUCAGGAAGCUAGUGUUUCUUUUCCAAAUGGCUGUAAGUGUCUAAGUGAUGGCCGUUAGUAACAUCCUACGUGGCAUCAAAUGUCCAGCAUUUCAUCGUAGGUGUAUAACAGUUUUUUUUUUCAAAGUAUGCCUUUAGAAAUGUUAUUGUAAUCUUCAUGAUGUUUGAGAAACUAAAGUAGAAAACAAUCGAGAAAUGUUUGUUGACAGCUAGAAACUAUCUUGUUUAGUGUCUAUAAAUGUCCUUAUUUUUGGUUAAUAUAUGUGCAUAGCAUCAAAACACUCCCACUUUGUACCUUUUGUAUGCAAAACUAUUGGAUCUAUGGAAAUUUGUAUCAUUUUGAAACAAUACAGCUUUUUAUUGUUGUGAUUUUUUUUCAUCACGUACCUAACUAGAUACUCUUGAUUGGUCUCAUCUUUAAGGGGCAAUUCACUAAAAAUAAAAUAACUCACCCUCAAGUAUUCAGGUAGUUUUCAAUUUUCUGCCUCCACCCGAUUGAAAUGGAUGCAAAUAGAAUAGAAAUUGGUCAGAGGGACUCGUCUUUACAUCAAUAAAAUAUGACAUUUAAAAAAGUAAAACAGCUACAUUUCUUUCCAGAACAAGCUUCCCUGGAUACGACCUGUUUACAGAAAGUGUGAUGAUUAUCCAGACAUUUCGUCUGGGAGAAGCUGCCAGCAGCAUAGACAAAAUGAUAUUCCCCUCAAUGGUAUUGAGAUGGAAUCAGAAAUCUCAGAAAGGACAGGAGACCGACAGGUGCCUAUCAAUGAUUGUCAACUGACAGCACAAUGAGUCAAAGGACUAGCAGCAGCAGCAUGAUGAUGAUGUUAAAUGUGUUGUUUUAGGAACAUCCAUUGUAAA